AGGGGCGGAGACACUGGGAAGACGGCACGUCUUGCUCGCGUGGUCGCGCACCUCUCCUUCUAUUGGACGGCAGCGACCAAUAGACUGUGUGACUGGCUCGCGCUGUUUCGUCACGUCCAGGACCGCGGAGUAUCUCAGGCGCCUGGAGCUGAGUUUGGCCGCCUCUGCGAGCUAGGUGCCCCAGGGGUGGGGUAAGUUUCCCUUUUUCUUAUCGCCUAGUUUAGGCCUUAAACAGCGGGCUGAAGGCUGCAGCAGGUGCCAGGUAGCCUCCUCCCGGUCCUUCCGGUAGCUCUCGGGAAAGGCGGAGUGGGGAGGCGAGAGCGACUUAGCCUCCUCGACCUCCCUUCCUCGUGACGGACGAACAGUUCCCGUAGAAUUUCGCUUCCCCGAGUGACCUUGAGCCCAGGGCGACGGUCAGCUUGUUCCUGGCUGCAGGAACUUUGUGAGAAUUUUAAUGCUUGGAAAAACUGUGUUUCAACUGGUGUACAUCCAAAAGUCUCAGUGUAAUAGCAGGACCAAAAUAUUCUGUCAGUCAGCUGACCAUAUACUUAAUGACUCCUAAAAUCUCGUGGACUUCCGAAGAAGCACCAUGGCCUGUGCUGCUGUUAUGAUUCCUGGGUUGCAGUGCUCUGUUGGAGCCGUCUGUACUCAGGGUGCUUCAUUGAGAUUGACAUUCAGCACUUUGCGCCACCUUACUGUAACCAGCAUAAUGAAAUCCAAAAGGAAAACUGAUCACAUGGAGAGAACUGCAAGUGUCAUUCGACGGGAGAUUGUGUCAGCAGCUAAGGUGUGUGGAGCUGCCAGUGAGUCACCGUCAGUGAAGAGCCUCCGCUUGCUUAUUGCUGAUCAAGACUUUUCCUUUAAAGCUGGCCAGUGGGUUGAUUUCUUUAUUCCAGGAGUCUCUGUGGUUGGUGGGUUUUCAAUAUGCUCCAGUCCCAGACUGCUAGAACAAGAGAGAAUGAUAGAAUUGGCAGUGAAAUAUACGAACCACCCGCCUGCCCUCUGGGUUCACGAUAAGUGUACACUCGACUCUGAAGUGGCUGUGAGAGUGGGUGGAGAGUUCUUCUUUGACCCUCAGCCUGCGGAAGCCUCUAGAAACCUUGUGUUGAUUGCAGGAGGAGUCGGAAUUAACCCUCUGCUUUCCAUCCUGCGGCAUGCAGCACAUCUCCUCAGAGAGCAGGCAAACAAAGGACAUGGAUAUGAGAUAGGAUCAAUAAAACUAUUCUACAGUGCAAAAAAUACCAGUGAACUCCUGUUUAAGAAAAAUAUCCUUGAUUUAGUAAAUGAAUUUCCUGAGAAGAUUGCAUGCAGUUUGCAUGUCACAAAACAGACUACACAAAUCAGUGCAGAACUCAAGCCGUACAUCACGGAAGGAAGAAUAACAGAGAAGGAGAUAAGAGAUCACAUUUCAAAAGAGACUUUGUUCUAUAUUUGUGGCCCACCUCCAAUGACAGACUUUUUCUCCAAGCAACUGGAAAACAACCAUGUACCUAAAGAACACAUUUACUUUGAGAAGUGGUGGUAGGAGACAGAUAAAGACAGAAGAUAAAGAGGACAAGUAGUCUUGGGCCCAAGGUUGCCUGCAUGGAGCCCACAGAAGGGCGAAGGGAGCCUGGGAAGGACAGGGGGGUGCUGGAGACCUAGGAGCUCCAGCUGAGAUUCUGUUCUGGAGCUGAUGAGAGAAGACUUUCUUAGCUUUGUUGUGGCAGGCCUCCCAGGGACUUCUGGGCUUUAACACAUAUAAUUCAUCUGGGCUUUAACACAUAUGAUUCAUGGGGCCUGAAGAUGACUGUAGCUUCUGCCCAGUUUUGAGUUUUGUCAGGUUUUAAGCAGAGAUCAUUUGUGAGCUAUUUUGAUCCCACAUUUGAAAAUUUGGGAAGGAAGGGAGGAGCCAUUGACCUGAUGGGCGUAUCAUAAUCCAUUCAAGGAAAUGGUCCUCAGUAUCUCAGAGGUGGAGUAUGUGAAGCUCUGGGCCACUACAAGGAGCCCUGACUUACUGAUUGGCCCCAAAGUGCCCAGGCUGAGGUCAUAGGAGCCUGAUGAGAUGCAGGGAUGCGGGACUGUCAAGGGGCGCUUCCACCAACUGGUGGAGGCAGUCUGUGGGGGAGGAGACCUAAACAUAUGGAGAAAGUGCCUAACCCAGGCCUCUCUGCAUCAAGAGUGGAGGUGCAAGGUGAGCAUCUCAAUGCUGCAUGGGAUGGGAGGAUAGGAAGGUGUUGCCCAUUGCCUCUGUUCAACCAGCACCAUGGCUAACUGUGUGCCUGCUGUUGUCAGACAGCAAGGGUCACCUGUCCUGGAGAUCCCAGCUCUGCCUGCCCCCCUGCUGCUGACUCAGUGUUGGCAGAAUUGCUAAGAUGGGCCACUUUGCCUUUGCCUGGAGUGUUCAUCCUUUCAGUGCCAUCAUUCUGGUGCUAAGUGUUGAACAGCACUUUCUGGUCUGGCCAACAAUGUCCUGUUGCUCUUGCCUGUGGGAUCUGUCCAGAUCUUUUUGGUACUUAAAUUGAGCUAACUACAGCCAGAGUGGCUUGGAAUUCAUAGUGUGGUGGCUUAGAGUAUGGGCUUGAAAACUCUUGAGCCAGAUGCCUGGGUUCAAAUCUCACCUAUACUGCUUAACUAGGUAGAUGACCUUCAGCAAAUCACUUAACUGCUCUAUGCCUCGUUUAAAAUUACUUACAACUACAUGUAAAAGGGAGGUGAUACUGCUACCUACCUAUGUACCUACCUGAUAGGGCUGUUAUGGGGAUUGAAGGUGAUCAUACAUGGAAAGUGCUUAGCAGAACACUGCAUGAGUAUGUUGUCAUUAUUAAUUUGCUAUUCCUUGUCCUAUUCAGAAAGGAUUUCAAGAGGCUGGAUGCCUUAAAUGUGGUCCACUAACUUGAAACCUUCAUGUGGGUGUGCAUCUGUUUUGUUUACUGCUGUGCCAGGCACAAAAUAGAUACUUCAUAAAUAUUUGUUAUAUAGGUGAAAGGGCCUGCUCAGGGUUGAUGAGCUGGAUUAAAGGGACUUCUUAAGGAUCCUCUGGUUCUAUGAGGUUGAAAUAAUGUUUCUUCUUUUGACAUGAGACCCUUUCAUAGCCUACUCAAGAGACUAGGUUAGUCUGAUAUUUGUAUCUUUCUCAAAUUUUAUUUUUUUAUUUUUUCAAACAUAUGACAAAAGUAGAGAUAGUAAAAUGACUUCUCCUGCAUCCAGCACCCAGCUUCCAUGACUAUCAGUAUUCUGUUGUUUUUGCCAGCCCUCAGCUGCCUUGUGGUGGUGGUGUUGCUGGUGUGUUUUCAAGCAAAGCCUAGCAAUUAUAUCGUGUCACCUGUAAAUUCUUCGGUAUUUAUCUCUAACAGCUGCAUCACCUUAGCACAACCACAAUGUCAUCAUCAUACCUAACACAAGUGACAGUGAUUACUUAAUAUCAUCUAAGACCCCUUCUAUGUUUUGUUUCCUCAUAGCCUCAAAAGUCCAAAUAUUGCAUUUGGUUAAUGUCUUUUAAGUUUAUUUUAAUCAAUGGCACACUCCCUACACCCACUAUGCAUAUGUAUGGACAUUUUCUCCCCCAUGAUUCAUUUGUUAAAGAAACUGACUCAUUUGUUCUGUAGGCUUUCCCACAUUUUGAACCUGGCCUACUGUAUCCUCGGGGUAUUGCUUGAUUCUCUCUCCUCUCUAUUUCAUGUAAACUGGCAAUUAGAUCUAGAACUCGUUUAUAUUCAGAUUCAAGAUUUUUUUUGCAAGCCUAUAUUGUAAAGUGAUGUACAUCCUACUGUAUCAUACAAGGCAUAUAAUGUCUGUCCCACUUUUAAUGCUGUUAAGAUGGAUCAGUGGUUUCAGCGUUUGUCAGCCUGAUUCAUCCAAUGUAAUGGUCUUCAUCAAACUUCCACCUAAUUGUUUUAGCAGCCGUUGAUCGUUGCUAAUAGCUAUUUUUUCAUUAAGGAUUGAUUAUCUAUUUGUGUUAUUCUUCCAUAUAGAACUUUCCUUCAUCAGCUUUGAUUCCCUGAAAUGAGUCUGUAAAGAAAAGGCAGGAUCAAUGCUUGAUUUCUUUCCUUUUAUUUAUCAUUUAGCAAUACUAUGAGUUGGUGCCUUAAAGUAUCAUUCUAAAUGCAUGGCUUUUUAUACAUUUUGUUUUUUUUAUUCUUUGAAGUCUUUUUUUUUUUUUUUGAUGUUUAGCUGGUUUGCUGGUUUUAGGUCGCCCCCGCUGUGUCACAGUGGUUCACAUUAAGUCAUGAUGGUUGAUGAGGUUUGGAACUCUUAAUAGGUGCAAAAAGUGCUCUAAUAGAGUGUGGUGUUAAGGAGCCUCAUGAAUACAGUGUUUCAUAGAGGAUGGAUUGGCUAGCUGUGUCAUGCUGCUGUUAGGACAGGAAAGAUGAGUUCUGAUGAGAGAUCAUUGAGUAGCCAUUGAUUUGGCAACUGGAUGGUCAUUGGUGAUCUUUAUAAGAUGUAUGGUGGGAGAGAAAACACUGAAGUAGGCUUAGGAGCAAUUCAGAGGAAAGAAAUUAUAAUGAAUAUACGUAAUAAAGAUUUACUAUAAAGAGAAGAAAAAAGAUGGAAUGGUAGCUGAAAAGUGAAGUAGGGUCAAGAGAACAUUUAUUGUACUCAUGGAGUUGUUUUGUUUUUUAAACUUUUGCUUUGAAAUAAUUUUAGAUUUACAGAAGAGUUGCAAAGACAGGGUUCCUCUGUAUCCUUCAUCCAGCUUCCCCAGAUGUUUAAUGUAACUAUGGUAUAUUUAUCAAAACUAGGAAAUCAACAGUACAGCUAAGUUGGUACAGUAGUGUUAGCUAAAGCACAGUUUCAUUUUUUAAUAUGAGUGAAAUAACAGCCUGAUUGUAUGAGAAACCAGGAAAGAGUCAUUCAGUGGAACUCUGUUAGGGAAGUGACACCUUUUUCUAGAGGAUGAUGUAUUAACUGUCAUUUAUUGAGCAUAUACUGUGUGCAGUCACUGAGCUAGACAUUGAAGAUAGGGAAGCAUAAGACACAGGUUAUCUUAGGAGCAAGUUAAAUACUUUAGGAAACCAUUUUUUUUUUUUUUAAAUACAUUGAGAACAUUUCAAUAAAAUUGAAAGUGAAUGCUCAGGGGGAAAAUGUUUUUUUGCACCUAUCACUGAAAGAGAACUAUAGCAAAUGGAUGACUGGGUGAGUCAAAGUAGUGAUGGAUCCUAGGGGCCCAGUGUUAGGGGAGUGGGAAAGGCUGCACCCAUGCUCUGGAGACUCGGAAGGAUUGUUAUACUGGACUUACAGCACAAACACAUGCAUGCAUGCAUGCAGUGAUUGUCAAAUGAUCUAAGAUCAUGUCUCUCCUACUGAGAAUUUUUGUUUUCUUUCUGAAUGGAAAAUAGCAGUUUCUUUCAUUCCUGGUUAUUGCAGAUGAUCUGAUAAUUUAACCUGAGAGCUGUUAUUAUUUCAUUUUAUUUCAUAACCCAAAAGAAGUAUAUUGUACUCAUCUUAGAGAAAACAGUGAGAUGUCUGGUUUUUAAUAUUACUCUUUCUUAACAUACAAUAAGCUAUCAGUUUGGUGAUGACAUGUAGAUAUCUCCUAACCCGCCAUAAAAUCAAGGCAUGUAUUUUAAAAUGUUUUGUGCUCAGGAAUCCAAACUUUUAUAGUUGUUGAGCAGCCAUCUUGAUCUGGUCUGUUUUGAAUUCUUAAAACUUGCAGGAGCUCAUCAGCCUAACCUGGCCCAUUCCAGCUCAUCCCCAUAUCCCAUUUUGCUAUAUUUGAGCAUAACAAAAUUUUCUCUCUUCCUUUUUAAAAAUUAAUUAUCUAAUAAAUAUGACCACAGAUAUUAAAGUAUA